AUGGCUUACAACAACAGCAAUCAAUAUGCGGGAUACGGCGGAAACCCCUACGGUGACGGAGACAACCCAUACGGCAAUGAGGGCUACGGCCAGGCAAACCCCUACGGAGAUUCCAACUACUCGGCCAUGACUCAGGACUCGCAGUAUAGCACACCGCAGGCUGCCGGCGUACCUGGCCAGGCCAGCGGUGUAGCAGCCACCGGAUCGCAAGCCCCAAUGCACCAAUCCUCUCCUACUGUUCUCAGCAACCAGGACUUCUUGUCGCGCGUCGAAGCCGCCAAAGCCGACAUUCGCCAGUUGACCCAAUACAUUUCCGAGAUUGCCGCAGCCCACCAGCGUACACUCAACAGUCCCGAUGCUUCUUCCAACAAGGCCCUGGAGUCGAUUGUCACCCAGACACAGGUUCUCAACACUUCCAUCAAGGACCAGAUCAAGUUCCUCGAGACAGAUGCUGCCAGAAGCGGUCGCAACAACAACAUCAAGAACAGCCAGGUCGGCCAGCUCAAGACAAGCUUCAAGAAGCAACUCGAGGAGUACCGCAACGAAGAGGCCAGUUAUGAACGCCGCUACCGUGAACAAAUCGCCCGUCAAUAUCGCAUUGUCAACCCUGAGGCCACCGAUGCUGAAGUCCAGGAGGCAUCCAACGCCGACUGGGGCAACGAGGGUGUUUUCCAGACUGCUCUCAAGACCAACCGCUCGGCCACCGCUAGCACCGUGCUUGGUGCAGUGCGUGCUCGUCACAACGACAUUCAACAGAUUGAGCGUACUCUGAUCGAGCUGAACAAGCUCUUCGAGGAUCUCGCCGAGGCUGUCGUCGUUCAAGAACCCAUGAUCCAGCAAGCUGAGCAGCACACCGAAAACGUUAAGAAGGACACCGAGGCUGGUAACGUGCAACUCGACAAGGGUAUCACACAUGCUCGUCGCGCUCGUCGUCUGAAAUGGUGGUGCCUGCUCAUCGUUGUCAUCAUUCUCAUCAUCAUUGGUCUGGCUGUCGGUCUUACUCUUGGUCUCAAGAACAAAUAA